AGGUGUUGAUUCCGAGACCGCGGCGACUCCAAUCAGCCUCUUCUUUUCCUUCAGGUCUGCCAGCUGCCCUCAAAGACAAGGCUUGUGCAUGACGGUCAUGCCUGCUAUGAAUCCAUUGUCACCCUCGUUGCCUUCUCCGGUCACCCCACGUCAGCGUCGAUCCUAUAAUGAAUCUACCUGUAAACCUACUGCGAGCAAGCACGUACGUGCAGAGUCUUCAAACCGCUGUAUCACUGUUUUAGAAUAUGGGUUAUUGGGCGGUUUAUUCCACGUCCGUCUAAGAUACCAUCUUCUAAAGAGCAUGGGAACAGGAUCGGAACGCCUCGCUUCUCUUCGUCUCCUGUUCGAUGGGAAGCCAGUGAAGACUGUGGUGGCCCCGGUGGACAACGACACGGUUGAGCUCAGAGCACUCGUCCCCGAUUCCAGCAGGCAUCCAGCUAGUCGUGUCAAGCUGACCAUCUGUGCAGCGCUGGACGGCUUGGAAGUGGAUAGGGUCGACAUUGGAAUCUUUGAUAUGGAUCAACUCUACGAAAGUCCAAGCCAAGAAGGAGCGCCGCAAAAGCGCUGUCCAAAGCGGGUGAAUUGUCGCGGGGCUGAGGGGAAUGACACUGCCUGUGAACCUUCCCCUAAGCGCCUUUCCAAGUCUACCGAACCACAAAGCGCUCCUGCAUCUCGAGUGAAACUUACCGAUAACGCGUGUGGGAACAUGGUGACAAAAUUAGUUAUCGAAGGAGAUAUAAGCUCCUUGAAGUCGGGCUGGUGAGUGG